AAAAAAUGAUAUUAAAUUCAAUGCACCAUUACGAAAACUGAUAGCAGUGACACGAUUGCCAGCAUCCUGAAAAGCAACUCUGACACUGAAUCCAGUGUCCCUUGAGAAGCAGCAAUCUACUGUCAAGGGUGAGAGAUGCUUACACAGGUGAGCUGCUCCCAUGCCCAACGGGUGUUGUCAUUUCUGAAUGAGCAGAGGGGUCUCGGCUGGUUCUGUGAUGCCAAGCUGACUGUAGGAGGAGAUGGGAGGGCGUACAAUGCCCAUCGCAACAUCCUGGCCUGUUUUAGUAAGCUUUUCCAGGAAUCUGAGCCAACCACUACCGUGGUUAAGGAGGUCUCCCUCCCAGAGGAGUGCCCCACUGACGGCCUGGAACUGCUUCUAGACUUUUUCUACACAGGGGAGUUGAAGCUUGACUCUCUGAAUCUGGAGAAUGUGCAACAGGCUGCAGACAGCCUAUGUGUACCAGAUGCGCUCGCUCUCUGUCAGCAGUUUGCCACAGAAGGGACAGUCUCUCCAGAAGAACCUCAGUCUGCAGAUCUUCUGGCUGGAGAUGAUGGCCUAAUCCCACCUGUAACUUCUACGGAAACCAAGGUCCCCCUAAAAAGGGGGAGGCCCCCCCAAAAAAGAGGGAGGCCCAAAAAAUCCCAAACCCCUAGUAGUGGCUCAAGUAAGAAGGAUCCAACGGAAGCAACCGCCACCACAACUCGCUCUGGGCGUAAGGUGAAGGUCUCCAGAAGACUGCUUGGAGAGGGCCCCAGGCCACAGCUCCUGCCCCAGGGGACUACCAUCAGGGGAGCACCACAACUAGUUAUCAGCCUAAUGGAUAGAAGUGAUGGGGCUGAGGACGAGGGACAAAGCCUCCUUCAGCCUACAGAUACAACAGAGGUAACAGACAUGGUCACCGGCAUUGUACCAGAUUUUAGCUACAAAGCUAAUUCUCAUCUGCAGCCUAAUGAUGACGACGAUGAUGAUGGUGGUUUGAUGGAGGGGGUGGAUGAGGACACUGAUGAAGAGUAUGUGCCCCAUGCUCAGCCGACUACCACCUCCAGCCCCAAAGGCAGACGUAAAGGACCAGGUAAAGCUGUCAAUAAAGAGAACAGUGAAGGGGCGGCCAAGGGCUCCAAAAAGGGCUCUGUUCAGUGCCCCACCUGCAGAAAGACCUUCCUCAGCAAGUACUAUCUCAAAGUACACAACAGGCGUCAUACGGGUGAGAAGCCCUUUGCAUGCUCUAAGUGUGGGAAGAGGUACUACAGGAAGGAGAAUCUGUUGGACCACCAGGCCCGGAACUGCAAAUGUGGUGAAAAAGUAAAAGCGGUGCACAACUGCCUUCAAUGCCCCAUGUCGUUUGACAGAGUGGUGGAUCUACGUCUGCACACGGUCUCCCAUACAGGGGAAAUGCCUAAUAAGUGUAUGUCAUGCUCGGAACAGUUUAUGCGUAAAAAAGAUUUGAGAAAUCACGAAAUCAAAAUCCAUGGUGCACCCAAACCACAUGCAUGCUCUCUGUGCAGCAAAGCCUACCUGUCUAAAACGGAGGUGCGUCUGCAUGAGGCAUCCAAGCAUCGCGGCGAGAAGCUCUUUGUGUGUGAAGAGUGUGGCCAUCGAGCAUCCAGUCGAAACGGCCUGCAGAUGCACAUCAAAGCCAUUCACAGAAACGAGCGUCCAUUUGUGUGUGAGUACUGCAACCAUGCAUUCACCCAAAAGGCUAACCUCAACAUGCACCUGCGGGUUCACACUGGAGAGAAGCCCUAUCAGUGCCACCUCUGUGGGAAGACCUUCCGGACACAGGCCAGUCUUGACAAGCACCAUCGCACCCACACGGGAGAGCGGCCUUAUAGCUGUGAGUUCUGUAACCAGCGCUUCACAGAGAAGGGCCCAAUGCUCCGCCAUGUCGCCAGCAAGCACCAGGACGACCGCCCCCACUGCUGUAAGAUAUGUGGCAAGACCUUCAAGGCCAUCGAGCAGCUCCGAGUCCAUGUGCGUCGCCAUCAGGGCAUGAGGAAAUUUGAGUGCGAAAAGUGUGGCUACAAGUUCACCAGACAGGCCCACUUACGACGUCAUAUUCAGGUCCACAAUCGUACAGAGAACUACAACCCACGGGAGAGGAAGCUACGGAACCUGAUAGUAAAGGAUGAGGGGUUGCAGGAGGAGGAUGAGACUAGCCCCUCACCAACACAACCCACUGAGAAGGGGACACCUGAGGGGUCGGCACCUGUCUCUGGACCCAGUGUCCCUGUUCCUGUCUUUGGACCUAUACCUGGACUCAGUGUGUCUGGACCUGGAACUGUACCAGGAGCCAGUGACAUCCUCAGGGUGGUUAUCCAGCCCCUGGUGGAGGAGGUGGUGUCCAGCCAAGGGCAGAUGGUGGUGGGCUUUAACCAGGCUGUGGCGGGGCAUGGGCCUGGCCAGUUGGAGGUAGGCUUAACUCAGAGCCAAGGUGUGGUAGGCCAAGGCCGGGUAGAGGUGGGCCUUACCCAGGGCCAGGUGGGCUUUCCCCAGGUUGGGGUGGGACAGGGACAUGGCCAGGUGGAGGUGCUCUCCACCCAGGGUUUGGGUGUGGUGGGGCAUGGUUUCAUUGUGACAGAUGUGAUGGACCAGACUCUCCUGGUGGCAGGAGACUACCACAUCCCUGAGACCACGGUGGAGCUGGAGGACAUACGGGAGGAUCCUCCUGAUAAGAGCAAAGCCUGAGGACAGGACAGACAACGUAUUGUGAUGUGGAAUCUACGUGGAAAAUACAUUGGAUUUGAAGAAAGUAAUCCACUGUUGUUUUGAGUGUGAAAUGUCAACCACAGGAUUAUGUCAUCAUAGUAGCCAAAUUUCAACAUAGACAAACCUUGUAUAAAAUAUGUUGAAUUUGUACCUUUAAAACAACGUCAGAUCUUCAACGUUAUGUCCACUAUCAGGAAAAAGAAACUACAGGCUGGGCAGCACCUACUGGAUAAUUGAUCUAUCUACAGCAGGGCUGACCAAACUGUGGCUUGUGUUUUUAUUUAUUUUUUAUUUUUUUAUCAAGUCAGUCGGGGUCUCAACUUACUGUUUAGAGAUAGCAUA